ACUUGUAAAUAUUCGGAGACAGAAAAAAACAGAGAGGUGUGUGUACUUUGAAGAACUGAUAAGUCUUCAUAGUGGUAGAUAUCUCUGCUGAGCCAUGCCUCCCGGCACCUGUGUGUUGUGUGGAGCUGACAACAAACGAACAAAGCUGGUGUCUUGUCUUCAUUCGCUGUGUUCGUCAUGCCUGGAGCAGUGCAUUGAAGACAAUGGUUCAAUCAUCUGCCCAACUUGUAAAGCGAUAACACCACUGCAGCCGGGAUGUGCUCCAGCAGUAUCCUUGCCAGAUAGCUGUUUGAAGACAGUAGACACCAGCAACGAAGGGUCAGUUCCAUCAUGUGAUGAAUGUGUGGACGUGGAAGUUGCUGUGUCCCGCUGUCCUCAGUGCAGCAUGUCCCUAUGUGAUGCACAUGUUCAAAAUCACAAGCGCUCGAGGGCCACCCACGACCAUGUGCUAAUAGCAUUGGAUAGGUCUGCUGAGUGUUCUAGUGCUUCUGCUCCUCAACCAGCACACAGAUGUGCUCUGCACACGACAAAGACUAUCACACACUUCUGUCACGAGUGCCAAAAGCUGAUGUGCCAGCGAUGUAUCGACACUAAAACACACGAGCUGCACAAAGAUGCACUUGUGCCUCUUUGUGAAGCUGCAGAGAAGAUGAGACAGUCGGUGAGAGAGAAUCUAUCCACUUGUGUAUCUGGUGAGAGUGUUGGUCUUGAAACUGCAAAUGAAAAGGUCAGAUCCACCAUCACUGCUCUCAAUGAUCAGAUAGAAUGUGCAUCGGAACGUGCCACAGAGUUCUUUCAAGGUAUGAUGGAAGCGGUGAAGGCAAGGGAGACCGAGGUUCUGGACAAAUUGGAUCAGUUGCGUGCCCAAAAACUAGCACCGUUGGAGAACCAACUGCAGAAGCUGGAGGAAGGUAUUUCACAGACUGACAUGGUGACAAGUAUUCUAGACUCAAGCCAGGAUGAUAUGAGCUUCAUGAGAAUGUCCAAGUGGCUCAACACGGCCAUCACAACGGCAAGACAAAUUGCCCAGAGGCAUUCAGAACCUUGCACAGUACAAAGCAUCGCGUUCGCAGCAACAGAGACGCAGGACGUUCUUGAUGCCAUUGAGAAAUCCGGAGUGUGUGUUGACAUUGCCGAGAGCACACUUAUCUGUCCUGAGGAGGCUAAUACCGGCUGUGACACCAACAUCAGUAUCGAUAUGAGUACACUUGGUGAGAACCUAACCCUCAGCCCGGAUCAACUUUCCAGGAUGGAUAUCAGCAUUGCUGUCACGGAUCCGGACGGUGAAACAGUACCGUGCCGCAUAUCACAACGAUCACCCAACGGCCAGCGCAUCGAAGCUAACUGCCGUCCUAUUCAUGAGGGUGAGCACACCGUUUCGGCCACUAUUGCUGGCACCCACAUGAGGAGUAGUUCAGCAACGUUUAAUGCCCGGCCUGGUUUCGAAAAGGUCUACUGCCACAGUUCACUUGAAAUUAGCAACAAAAAUCAAACAGUCUGCAAAACCAAAGACGAGGGAUCUUAUCGAUAUGCGUAUACCGUGCCUAUAACAAAGUACAGAAGCUCAUCUCAAGUCAGGUUCUGCAUUGAUCAUUACACUAAACCAGGCAACAUCUUCAUUAGUGGGAACUUCUGUGAUGAUCCGGAUCCUAGUGUACGUCCAAUCACUGAAAAAUCCUUCGGAUGGUAUGCUGGACCCAGCAAGUUUGGUACAUUCACCGGUACAGAGCUAGGCCAGCCAUGGCGGUCGGGUGAUAAUAUCACACUCACUAUCAACCAUGAUGAACACACGCUUACAGGUCACCAUCGUCGCACCGGUAUCACAGAAGUGCUGCGCAAUCUGCCCACCGGUAAGAUGCGCUGGCGUGUUGAUCUGUGCAGCAUCGGAGAUAAGGUCACAAUGCGGUGACCAGACUUGUAUCGUUGAUUGGACUAUUAAUUCCCGUAGCCAUGCAAAAGACGUUACUUCAGUAACGUCUGGCGCUAGCCAGGGUCCACACAGCUUUAAUUAACACAACAUUCACGAGAGAUGACCCCUCACAUACACACGCACGCACGCACGCACACACACAGACACACACACACACAGAAUAAUACAGCCUUGACCUUUUCUUUCCGAUCGUGUUUACGCUUCACAGGUGUGGAGAUGGACAAGGAAAGACCUCUUCCACCCAUGUGAGCAUAGGAUCUUGAUUUACCAUACUGAUUGUGUAUGUGCUUUGCAAGCCUGACUUGUUUGCUCCUUCUGAUAUUCUUCCUUUUGCUGGCCAGUCUCCAUAACAUGUUUUGCCACGCAAGCACAAACAACCAGCUUUCGAUUUCCAUGUGCCGCUGCAUUUACGGUUCCUCAGCACGAUCAGAUUUGUAUGCUACUCCGAAGCGCCGUCAGUGCUGUAUUAACUGUUA